AUGGCGGAGCAGGAGCCGCCCCAGCACUGCAAUCCUGCACCUCUGCCCCUUCCUCCGCCCUUCGAAACCUACAUCGUCCAAGUCCCAAAGGACCAAAUCUACCGAAUCCCUCCUCCAGAGAAUGCUUCCUUGGUCGAACACUACCGCAGCCAGGUCAGGCAACACCGCCAGAACCGCUGCCCCUGCUUCCGUUACCUCAAGCGCCUCGCCCUCCCUGUCUUCCUCCCGCUCAUCCUCCUCACGGCCGCUAUCAUCAUCUUCUUCGCCAUCGUCAACCCCACCACUCCCACCUUCGCCGUCAACUCCUUCUCCGUCAAGGAUGUCUCAAAAUCAAAAACAGAGUAUGACUUCUCGGUGAGAAUCAUCAAUCCAAGCAACAGAGUAAGCUUGUCGUAUGCCGGCGGUGGGCUCGCAGUCGCCUCCCAUGCCGGCAAAGAGUUCGCCACCGGGUCGACGCCAAGGUUCUUCCAACCGCACGGCAAUAUGACCGACCUCAAAUUGCUUCUCCGCUCGACCAAAAGCCCAACGAAAGGGUCGAAUAAACCUCUUUGGAUCAAGUUAAGGAUUGAAUUUACAGUGGGCGCCAAGAUCGGCCAGUUGGAGUUGCGGCGCAUGAGGUUGGACGUGAAAUGCGAUGUCAAAGUCUCUGGGUUGGAUAAGAAGGUGCGCAUCUCCUCACAGGACUGCAACAGCAAUCUCUCGUGA